CGGAUGACUUUUGAACGUUCAGCUUGAUUUUGUGGGAGAGGCAGAGCGCGCAAGUUGUCGCUCCGGGUUGACGUUUGUUCGGUUCAGCAGUACCGAGAAGGACCAGGACCAGGACCGAGACCAGCACCAAGACCAGGAUCGAAACCAGGGGUCAACAUGUCGAGUCUGAAGAGAGAUGAGCGGGGCAGCAACAUCAAGGUGGCGGUACGGUGCAGACCGUUCAACGCCGCUGAGAGGAAGAGCUCUCCCUGCGUGGUGGACUGUGAGCCCAACAGGAAGGAGGUGACCCUGAAGACCGGGGGGCACAACGACAAGGCAACCAGGAAGACCUACACCUUUGACAUGGUGUUUGGCCAGUCGGCGAAGCAGAUUGACGUUUACCGGGGCGUGGUCUGCCCCAUCCUGGACGAGGUCAUCAUGGGAUACAACUGCACCGUGUUCGCGUAUGGUCAGACUGGGACAGGGAAGACCUUCACCAUGGAGGGAGAGAGGAGCGAAGGAGAGCAGUUCACCUGGGAGGAGGACCCCCAAGCGGGCAUCAUCCCCAGGACCCUGCAUCAGAUCUUUGAGAAGCUCUCUGAGAACAACACCGAGUUCUCCGUCAAGGUGUCUCUGCUUGAGAUCUACAACGAGGAGCUGUUCGACCUGCUCAGUACCAGCGAUGACAUCACAGAACGCCUGCAGCUGUUCGACGACCCCCGCAACAAGCGGGGGGUGGUGGUGAAAGGCCUGGAGGAGGUGGUGGUCCACAACAAGGACGAGGUCUACCAGAUCCUCAAGAGGGGGUCGGCCAAGAGGAAGACGGCCUCCACCCUCAUGAACGCCUACUCCAGUCGCUCCCACUCUGUGUUCUCCGUCACCAUCCACAUGAAGGAGGUGAACCUGGACGGGGAGGAGCUGGUGAAGAUCGGCAAGCUCAACCUGGUGGACCUGGCCGGCAGCGAGAACAUCGGGCGUUCGGGAGCGGUGGACAAGAGAGCCAGAGAGGCGGGAAACAUUAACCAAUCACUGCUGACGCUGGGCCGCGUCAUCAACGCUCUGGUGGAGAAACGUCCCCACAUACCCUACAGGGAGUCCAAGCUGACCCGCAUCCUGCAGGACUCGCUGGGCGGCCGCACCAAGACCUCAAUCAUCGCCACCGUGUCGCCCUCCUCCAGCAACCUGGAGGAGACCAUGAGCACCCUGGAGUACGCCAGCCGGGCCAAGAACAUCAUGAACAAACCGGAGGUCAACCAGAAGCUCACCAAACGCACCCUCAUCAAGGAGUACACAGAAGAGAUUGAGCGUCUGAAGAAAGACCUCGCCGCCGCGCGGGAGAAGAAUGGAGUGUACCUGUCCUCUGAGAGCUACGAGAGCAUGGUGUCCCGUCUCUCGCUGCAGGACGAGCAGACUGGGGAGUACGCUGGACAGAUCUCUGUCAUGGAGGAGGAGCUCCGCAAGAUGACGGAGCUGUUUGAGGACCAGCGGGACCGUCUGGACCAGGUCACCGUUGACCUUGAGCAGAAGGAGCAGAGGCUGGAGAAGACCACGGAGGAGCUGGAGCAGGAGAGGUUUGUCUGCAGUGCGCUCACCUCCACCCAGGAAAACCUCUACAACACAGCAGACCAGCUGCUGUCGACGGCUCAGGAGAGCACCCACCACGUCUCCGGCCUUCAUGACAAACUGGACCGCAAGACCCAGGUGGAGCAGCACAACAGUGGCGUGCAGCAGAGCUUCUCCCAGCGGAUGGACGGAGUGUUCAGCUCCAUGCAGAGCACCAUCGCCCUGCAGAGCAGCAAGCAGCAGAGCAUGUUCAGCAGCUACAGCCAGGCCGUUGAGAAGUCUCUCUCCAUCAACCAGGCGGCUCUGAGCCAGGCCCAGGUCGCCAUGGAGACGCUGGUGGGCGGAGUCCGGCAGGUGAUGUCAGAAGGCGCGGCCCAGAGCGAGGGGAGGCGCCGUCAGCAGGAGGCGCUGUGUUUGCAGAACAGGGAAGAGUCCCUGGAGCGUCUGGAGGAGCGCCAGCGUGACGUGGAGGAGGUGCUGCAGGUGCACGUGCUGCUGGGUCUGUCGGCGCUCCAGGACCUGGGCUCCUCCCUCAGCAAGAGCAUGGAGGGUCAGAGGGAGCUGGUCCAAAAGGUGGAGGCCAUGCAGAAGAGUGGGGAGAUGCUGCGGGCUUUCCUGCUGCAAGAGAUUGAGGACCUGAAGGAGGCCAGCGCGCUGGGCAUCGGCGCCAUGCAGGCGGAGCUCCACAAACACCAGGAGGACAUCCGCCAGGCGCAGGAGGAGCACCUGGAGUGGGUUCAGAAACGCUACCUGAAGCUGCUCCAGUCCUCCUCCUCCCUGGAGAAGCCCAUGGAGAACCACCGCACCGACCUACUGCAGAGGUCCAGCAGAGUGUCGGAGCGUACCUCCUACCAGAUGGACCUCCUCUCCUCCUCCUGUCGCUCCGUGUCUUCGUCCCUGGUCCUCCUCGGCCAGGAGGGCCUGCAGGCUCUGGAGGAGGUGAAGGGGGGCGUUUCCUCCAUGCAGAAGUCCACCGCAGGUCUGUUGGAGAGGGACUCAGCCUGGACCUCCAGGGCCGCCGAGCGAGUCGGCUCUCAGGCCCAGGAGGAGCUGGCCCUCCAGGGCCAGACCUCAGCCGCCGUCAAGGCCCUGCAGCAGGGUGUGGACGACCACUGCUCCAAGGUCCUCCAGGAGUCCGGACAGCUGGAGCAACACCGGCAGCAGGCCAAUGAAAUGGCCCGGGAAACCCAGGGGCUUGUUUCCAAGGACCGGGCAGGGCUAGAGGAGCAGAGGGAGGAGCUACAGAACCACAUGGACACCGGAAGCCAGCUGGUGCACAACUUCCUGCAGGAGGAGCUACGACAGGAUGUUCCUACAGGCUCCACCCCCCAGAGGAGGGAGUUCGUGUUCCCCCUGAAGGUGCAACGGCUGAGGAGCAGAGGGGAGCUCCUGGAGGGGCUGAGGAACCAGCAGGAGGCGCUGCGGAGCGCCCUGACGGAGGAGGAGGAGGAGCAGGGAGGCCCGGCCAGCAUGGACUCUCUGGAGGGUGAGCAGAUGUCCGAGAGCAUCGUCAGCGAGAGUUCGUACGUCGACGAGAACGUUUUCUGCAAGGACGGAGGGAUCCCCUUCUUCAAGAAGAAGGAGGGCCGGAAGGCAGGGAAGAAGGGGAAGGAGCGUGAGCGCCCCGCUACGCCCAGGCAGUCCAGACUCCCGCUCCACCCCCACAACUGACCGGGCUAGAAGAUGGAUGAUGGAUGAUGGAUGAUUGAUGAUAGAAUAUAGAUGAUGGAUGAUGGAUGAUGAUGAGUGUCUUCUCCUCUGAUGGAGGAUUUCAUCAAUAAAGAUGUUUUUUU